AUGAGCUCAAUUCCAUUAUAUCUCAAAAUCAAGGGGUCAUCCAAUACUACUGGAGAUGUUCCUCAUUUUCAUCAACUUUCGGAAACCACAAUCAGCUUUAAUGAAACCGACUAUAGUUUCGAACACGUUUUUGGAGAUUCAACAAACAAUUACUCUCAGUUGAUUGACAGUAAUACCAAUUCAUGUGUUCUUUUAAUGGGACCUCCUGCAAGUGGUAAAACCACAAUGUUGAAACAGUUAGUUGCUUCUAAAUCAUCAACAUUUGAAGGUCCUGCUUUUGUUACAGCAUUCGAGAUUUCCAGAAACAAACAUGUUGUUGAUUUGUUAGAUACUUCUUUAUCUGAGUUUAAACAUGUUCAGAAUUUUGAAAGUACUUUGAAGAGAGUAAAGUUUAGUCACGAUGCAUGGAAACAAAUUUGCAAAUCCCGUGCCACACAAUCUACUGAAUUUAAUGCCAAUUCUUCUCGUAGUUGUCUUGUUGUAACUUUCUAUUAUAACAACACAAGAACUACAUUUAUCGAUUUAAUGGGGAACGAGAAGAAAGGCGUCGCAGCCAAUAAUACUUUUGCAAAUUUAAAUAACUCAGCCAUUACCCAGUUAUUAGUUAACCCAAAAAAUGUCAGAUCCGAUAACUUGGUAACCAAUUUCAUCUUUAAGCACCAGAAUUUGAAGUUUGUCUUGAACUUAGAUCCGUAUGGUAACCCUUCUUUAAUCAAGUCAAGCUUGACUAAUGUUGCUGAUUUAGUGAAGAAUUUCAAGCCACCGGUGUCCAAUACUUCGACUAAUAAUACAACCACUACUAAAUCUAUUAGAAGAGUUCCAAGUUAUUCAAGGCCAACAGUUUCAUCUAGUCGUCAUAGUCCAGUAAAGAAUCUUGCCAAGAGAUCAAGAAUUGUUUCCAUCAGUCCUGAAAAGAGCACUGUCAAACGAGUUAGAUUGAGAUCUAAUCCCCACAGUCGGUCUUUAGACUCUAAUCCUUUCAUUGAGAAGAACUCAAAGAUUUAUUUGAAGUCCUUAGCACAAAGAUCGACUAGCACUGACACGGUUGCUGACGAUUUUGCAGAAAAAUUGGAACAAUUAAAGAACGAAAAACAAGAAUUGCAUGACAAGUAUGUUCAAUCAAUCAAAGAAAUCAAACAAGACUUUCUUGGUUUCAAACAGGAAACAACAGGACUUGUUAACGUUUUAGGAAGUUUGGAAUCAACAAUUAAUCAGCUCAGACAAGAAGGUGAAUAUAUGAACGAAGCUAACAAGGAACAAGUACUUCAAUUGAUUGAAGAACAUAAUUCAAAAGUUGAGAACAUGCAUCAAGAAUUUGAAUCAGAAAAAACUGAAUUACUUCGUCAACAUGAAUGUCGUGUAAGUCAAAUUACACUGAAUUUGACUGAAAAGAGCCGUCAAGAGUUUAAUGAAGCUACAGGUAAAUUUAAAGAUUCCGAAUUGAAAUUGCAAGAUGAAAUUAAAUCUAAAUGUACCACUAUCACACAAUUGGAAACUCGUAUCCAAACAUUGGUUGAAGGUUUGGAAGAGUCUAAAAAUAAUUCUACAAAGACGAGUAACGAGUUGAAAGGACAGAUUCUUGCUAAAGAUGGUCAGAUUAAAGAGUUAUCACAGAAGCUUGGUCAAUUAGAACAAACAUUGUAUGACAAAGAAGCCGAAUAUAAAUGUCAAUUAGAAAAGUUGACUGAAGUUGGAUCAGAAAAGCAAAAAGAAUUGGAUGGGUUAGUUGAACAGUGUAAACUUGAAAUCUCUCAAUUAAAAGCUGAGAGACUAAAUGCUGAUGAAACAUGGAAAGAUGAGCAAGUCAAGUUGGAAAAAUCUUAUGAGAAGCAGAUCUCUGAGAUUAGCAAAUCCAAGCAGGAACUUGAAGUUGAUAACCAAGCUUUGAAAGAUAAACUUAAUGAUAUUUCCAAAGAAUCAGCUGAGUUGAUUGCUGAGAAUGAAAAAUUAAAAACAAAGUCAGAUCAAGUGGAAGCUGUUCACGAAGGAUUAAAAAAUGAAAUUGAAAAACUUGUCAAACAGCUUAAUGAAAGAGAUAAUCAACAUAGUCAAUUGAAAGAAAAAUCUGACAAAGUUAUUCAAGAGUUGAACGAAAGACAUACUGAACAAACCCGCCAAGCUGAACAGUCGAUUCAGGAACUAAAGCAACGUGAAAUUGAUACCAAAAAGGUCCUUGAAUCUAUCAAUAUGGAGGUGGAGCAAUUGACAGUUCAAUUAGAGGAAACUGCUAAAAGUAAAAAAGAUCAAGAGGCUAUCCAUGCUGCUGAGAUUUCUCGUUAUGAAUCACAACUCUCCCAGUUAAAGGAACACUCUGAAUCCACUGAAGCAAAAAUGCAAUCGAUGAAAUUCGAAUUGGAAUCUGAUUUGGCUAUUGAAAAACAGAUGAGAGUCAGUGAUGUUGCCAAGCUUAAAUUUGAAAUGGAAGCAUUGAAUGAAAUUAUCGAAUCAAAUAAAAUGCAACUCAAUGAAAAGGAAGAUGAAAUUCAACAUUUAAAAAAUUUGAUUGAAGAAUGGGAGUCUAAAACCGAAAGAUUACAAAAGAAGAGCAACGAGGUUCAUUCAUUGAAAGAAAGACAUGCUGGAGUAGUCGCUGAGUUGAAUGAUAAGAUUAAAUUUCAGAAAGAGCAAAUAAAUAACUUGGAGUUUCAGUUGAAAGAACAGAUUAAUGAUCCAAUUUAUACAAAUAUUGAUUUGGGAAUCAAACCUACUGAAGUCAACAAGAGAGUUUUACAACCUUCUUCAUCAAAAAUUAAUACUUCACCAUCGAAGAAAUCGGCUCACCAUAAAAAAAGAUCAGUUUCACCAUAUAAAAUUGAUCGUUCAAAGUGCCAAAGAUUCGAAAGUACAGAUACUUCGGCCGGAAAAUAA